AUGUCAACCUCAAGAAUUCCCCGAAAUUCACCCAUUGCCUCCAUGAUUGUUCUCAAAUUUGCUCGUCGGUCAACCACCAUUGCGUUACUUCGUUGCACCCAUCUCCUGGGAACUUGGACUUCGUGUGAGGGAUGGUUUGGCAAGAGUGGGCUAGUCAAUCUUGGUCCAACUGAAUUAAAUGAUUUGUUAUUUGUUACUCUCCACAACUUUAACGCCCGCACAGUAAAACCUGUAGAGACCACUUUGUCUACCCUCGCUCGUUCGAAAUCAAUGCUAGCCAUCACGUUGCCAGAUCUCAAGUAG